ACCGGAAGUCGAGUCGCGAACAGCCGCGUGACGCAAUCGUUUCACUCUCGAGCCGAACGCAGCGUUCCCUCCACUUGAUUACAUCGUUUUCUUGUUUCAUCUCUGCGUUCGAUCUCCCGUCAACAUGAAUGGUAUUGUAAGGAGCGCGGUACGCACUUCGGCUCUACGCGGCGUGCUCUCGUCGAUGACAUCGACGUCGUCGUCGUCGUCGUCGUCCAUCGCCGGUCAACCCGUCAGAGCGCUAUGGAACAUGUGCGAGAGUCGGCGAACCGCCGAAAUCACGCCGCUCGUCUCCUCCUUCAAGUUGCACGACUUCCACGCUCGCAGAUGCUACAGCAGAUCGCAUACGAAAGCGGAGAAAGAAUUAGUAGAAUUUCUUGCCGAGGAAAUAGUAGCAGAGAAAAAGGCACAAAAGUUAAAGACAAUUCCAACAACAUUAGAUGGAUUCGCAGUAUCUUUGAAUGGUGCUGAGGUUAAUCUUGAAAAACAAGAUGGCACUGAUAAAAUUCAUAUUUCCUUUAAUGUGAAUCAUACGGUGGAUGCUGACGCCGAAGCGGAUGUUGAUCCACGUCAAGAUGAUGUAGAGCUUGGUGAAAUGAAGAGCAAGCCGACAUUUACAGUAGAUAUAAUUAGGGGCAAUCAAACUUUGGGCUUUACAUGUUCCUUUAAUAACCAACCUGGCGCAUCAGGCGCUGAUGAUAGCUACAAUGACAUUUUUGGCAUUGAUGAAAUUACAUUGUACGAGGGAGAACACAGUGAGAGAGUGUAUUCUGUGGCUGGUGAGAUCCUUGAUGGUUAUCUGUAUGAUCUACUGAUGAACUAUCUUGAAGAGAAAGGGAUCUCGAACGAGUUUGCAGAUAAGCUAAUUGACUUAAGCACAUGUUAUGAACACACAGCAUAUGUCAGUUUGCUAGAGGGCUUGUCAAAAUUCACAUCGGGAAAAUAAUUCUAAGAUUUUAAUGUUAAGAUUUUUCUUGCGAUCUACGUCAUCAUAGUUGUACGCUUUAUUGUUAAUAAACAAUGUAUUGAUGACAUUCUAA